AUUGAGAACACUCCUUAUCGGCGAUUUCCAAAACCUCAAACCCUACACCCGCAUCUCCUCCUUAAUCGGCCGUUCUUGGCCUCCUCCGACGGCGGCGUGGCCGAUUUCGCGGCCGUCGCCGGCCGCUCGCCCUUCACAGGUGCUUUUCCUCCUGUUUUGUUGUUGUGGCCGAGCGAUUUUCUCUCCCGGUCGCAAGCGAGGGUGGAGGGAGGUGGCUUCUGGUUGUUGUCUGAGGCCAUCGGCCAGUGUCGAUGCCGUAAGGCGUGGCCGGGAGUCCGUCGUCAUCUUCUCUCUUCCUUGGUUGGUGACUUGCUCUCCGUUGGUGCGGUUGGGGGUUGGUGGCGUAGAUGUGGUUGGAUUGGGUCUGGUUGGUUGGGCUCGAUUGAGCCGAUUGGGCGACUUGAGGUUAUGACGACGGUCUGGGCCCUGGUGGUUCGGGGCUGUGGUCUGCAUCUCAGG